AUGCCGCUUAUCCUCUUUCAGGUCAAGGGGAAGAGUCGGUUCAGCAAUAUUAGCUUCACGCUGGCGUUCCCCUGGUUCGAUGGAGUUUAUCUACCAAAGGAGGAGAAUGAAUUCGUGCACCAGGUCUUGGAUGAGCUGGAAACAUACCAGAAGAGCAUCCCCAAGAGUGUCCUCCUGUUCCCCCCUCUACCCAGCAGAUUACGCUACCUGAUCCACAGGACCAUCGAGGACCUGCCGGAGCUCACCACCUUCUCUGUUGGGGAGAGCUGGUGGCGUCGGGUGGUGGUUUGCCCCUUGCAGCUCAGAGGCGAGACACGGGAAGAAGACAACGAUAUGGAGAGCAACUCCACCUUGGAUGAGGAGCUUGAAAAAAGGGGUGAGGACACGCAGGCUCAGCCUCCGUCUUCAACACGAAGCAGAGCCCCCAAGAGGCCAGACAAGGCGCUUUACAUCCCGAAAGCUGCUCGGGAGAGAUCACGCCUGCAAAACUCCCACCAGGAGUUGCCACAACCAGCCCCCGGCGACCCAUCAAACUCAUGUUCUUCAUCCGAGACCACAGAGAAGUCAUCACUCGAUUUAAAAGAGGAGUCCGUCCCCCGUGCAGUGGCUGGCGCCCUUGGAGAUGACCCCUCGAGAGGAGAGGAAGCUGACUUGACUUCGAGUGAUCAUGAAGGUGAACACCUCCAAUGGGAGAACAAGCUGUCUUGUCUUAGUGACAUGAGCCUGGAGGAGGACGCCAAGGAUGACACAGCCACAUGUGACCUGACUGAAGAGAUCAAGGAACACCUGAAAGAAGGAGCGACCUUCUCAGUGACGCACGUACACAACGACUACUCCACUUAUGAAAAUGUGCUCAUCAACCCCGACAACUUCCGCCACGUCAUUGAGAUCUACGACUUCCCAGCCAUGCUGAAAACGGACGACCUCUUGGACGCUUUCACCGAGUACAGUCAUGGGGGAAUGAAGAUCACGUGGGUGGACAACACACACGCUCGGGGUGUUUUCUCCACGGAGGAGGCAGCACUGAAUGCCCUCUCAAUCUGCCAUCCUCUGUUGAAAGCGCGAGCACUGGCUGAAGGCAGUAAAAAGGCCAAAGGCAAGGCCGUCAGCAGGGCAGAGUUCAUGCAGCCAGUGAAGGACCGCCCGAAGACAGACAGCGCUGUUGCCAGGCGGAUGGUGGGCCGAGCCUUGGGCCUGAAGGAACGAGGACGCGGACGAGGGCAGAGCUACUGACAGGAUGAACAGAUGAACUUGAACAAUGUGACAAAGACAUUUCUACGUAUAACAUCAAAUUGGCAGUUCAAUGCUCAUUCAUACAAGACAUUUGUAUGUCGUUACUUUUUAUCAUAUGCCCUUUGUUCUCCUCGCCUGUCAUAUUGUAUGUCAUCAUCACUUCAAAAGCCAGAUGCUUCGGUCCAAGCAUCAUUUACUGUUGUAUUGGAACAUUAGCAUGUAUAUCAGUCAUAACUCUACAGAGUUUGCUCUCAAUAAGAAUAUACUGUAUUCCUGUAUAUGAUGUUGUUCAAGGUUUGCCUCCAUUGGGUUAUCCUACAGAAUGCCAUAUCGAACCGUAACUAGUGUGCUGUCACGUUGCAGGCAUCACUUUUACAAGCUGUUUAAGUGGCAUUCAAGUUAAAGAACAGAAGUAAAAAAUGUGCCAUCAAGUGACCACAAUACAAAAUAACAGGCUGCGCUUUCACCGUCUACUUUUAUUACAGAAAACAUCAUGCAUUUUUUUUCCCCAUAUAACAAUAAAAUCUCCACACAUCUGUCAGGCAACGAGCGACUGACACCCUUAUAAAAUGAAGGGAAUUUGUCACAUCGAAAUAGUCAUUUACAAAACAACCAAAAAUGUUCACACACAUUUGAGGCACCAGAGUCCCUGACAGCAAUAAUUUAACACAAUCCAACAUGGUGACAAAGAUAGCUGAGGGCUUCAUGCAUGCUUGGCAGACAAAGUGAAAAUAAAAACGUCAAUAAAUAAAAGGUCAGGUCAAGUAUUUGGAGUAGGAAAUGCUGGAGGAAUAGAUGGUUCGUACUAGUUGGGGCUUCUAUUCUACUGACAGCCUAAAAGUAAAUCGUACUUUAGAAGAUGUAGCACCUCAUAGUUUUCCUGGAAAAAAAACCCAGACUUCUUCAGGUUUCUUCUUCUAAUGAUGAGAUUAUAAGGCAGCUGUUGGCACAUUUCAUUUACAAAAACUAUUUGCUGCAACGUUCCCUGACGUAUUUAUGAAAAAGCACCAAGUCAAAAAAGGCACAUUUCAACAAAGACACAAUAAGAGCUAUGCCGGAUGUGGCGGACACAUUUUCCUCACAGUGAGUUUGUAAAAGUAUUGCUAGUUUUAGCCCUACUGACAGUAUAUCAACAUGAAAAAGAGCAGUUUGUAGUUGGUCACAUUCACUUCUGCAGAGCAAUCAUUACAUGUGAUUUACUGUUGGAAUCAAAACCAUGGAGCCUAGCUUUUGGUCCAUAACCCCCCACCCCCCACAUUCCCCUGCAUCAGAUUAAAACGCCAUCAUUCCAUGUCCCAAUUCAUUAUGAAAAUGUUUUUGUGAAUGGAGUAGUUGCAAAUGCACAUUUGAAUGUAUUCAUUCAAACAUGGCUACUGUUCAUUGUAGCGGUUCAGCUCUGGCUCCCAUGGCCCUCCUUCUUCUAUAGUGGUUGGGAAACGUCUGUCCAUGCAUCAAUCCGUCUGUGUUGUCCAUCCAUGUUCUACCUGUGUGAAAGCUGAUUGGUCAGCAGUCCAGGAUAUGUUUCUUCUGUUUCUGAGCUCCGUGAGCCGCCUGUGAAUGCAGAGAAAUUGACAGUGACUAGACAAACAUUACAGCAACGUGGAGGGUGAUUGUUACGUACAAUACUGCACGAAAACCAAGUCAGUGUACAAAAACGGAGGCAAAAUUGUAGAUAAAAUAUUCCACGGAAACGUACAAAAACCGAGGUUUGACUGGAUUUGUAGUACAGUGGAUCUCCGCAUAUUCACCAUCGGCAUUUGUGACCCUGCAAAUUUGCGGAUAUUUGAUCAAAACAUUUUUUAUUUGUGGGAAAAUCUGACAUUUAGCGCUCCUAACCUCCAUAAUUAGGCUGUUGAUCACUCGCAGUGUCGCCAUUCGUGGGUGGCCUGAGAAUUUAGCCCCCACGAACAGCGGGGAUCUAUUUCAGUCAUUUGCAAUAAACCAACAAAACAAUUGAAAAACCAUUGAAACAGCUGAUCACAUGGAAGUCCAUCCACACUGAUUAAAGCCGCUGAUCCAAAAGAAUCAGUGAAUGUUGCCAAUAAAACAAAAGGUUAAGUUUUAAACAGAGUUUGUCUCAUUUUUGUCAGAAAUUAUACAAAAAAAAAGUCGUAGACUUAUGAGGAAAAAAAGUUGUAAAUUUCAAGGAAAACAAAUUGUACAUUUACGAGAAAAAAAGUCGUAACGUUACCUUUGCCCAAGGACAAACGUCACAUAAGUCUCUCCUUUUCAUAGCUGUCUCAGGCAAUGCCUGUUAUAACAGAGUAUUAAAAUAAUCUGAGAUUUCAAAAAUAAAGUCAUAUAUUUACGGAAAAAAAGUUGUAAAUUUACGGGUAAAAAAGUCGUAAAUUUACAGGAAAAAAGUGAUAGACUUAUGGGAAAAAAAGUUGGAAAUGUCAGAGAAAAAAAGUUGUAAAUUUACGAGAAAAAAAAGGCGUAAUAUUACCUUUGCCCAAGGACAAACGUCACAUAAGUCCCUCCUUUUCAUAGCUGUCUCAGGCAAUGCCUGUUACAACGGAGUAUUAAAAUAGUCUGAGAUUUCGAGAAUAAAGUCGUAAAUUUACGGGAAAAAAGUCGGAAAUUUACAGGAACAAAAGUCAUAGAUUUAUGGGAAAAAAAGUUGUAAAUUCCAGAGAAAAAAAAUUGUACAUUUACGGGAAAAAAAGUUAGAAAUUUACAAGAAAAAAGUUGUAACGUUACCUUUGCACAAAGACAAACGUCACAUAAGUCCCUCCUUUUCAUAGCUGUCUCAGGCAAUGCCUGUUGCGAUGGAGUAUUAAAAUAAUCUGAGAUUUCGAGAAUAAAGUAAUAAAUUUACGGGGAAAAAAAGUUGUAAAUUUAUGGAAAAUAAGUCAUAGACUUAUGACAAAAAAGUUGUAAAUUUACGAGAAAAAAAAGGCGUAAUAUUACCUUUGCCCGAAGACAAACGUCACAUAAGUCCCUCCUUGUCAUAGCUGUCUCAGGCAAUGCCUGUUACAACGGAGUAUUAAAAUAGUCUGAGAUUUCGAGAAUAAAGUCGUAAAUGUAUGGGGAAAAAAGUCAUAAAUUUUUGGGAAUAAAAGUCAUAGAUCUAUGAGAAAAAAAGUUGUAAAUUUCAGAGAAUUUUUUUUUUACAUUUACGAGAAAAAAAGUCGUACAUUUACGAGAUAAAAAGUCGCAAAUUUACAAGAAAAAAGUCAUAAUGUUACCUUUGCCCAAGGACAAAUGUCAUAUAAGUCCCUCCUUUUCAUAGCUGUCUCAGGCAAUGCCUGUUACGACGGAGUAUUAAAAUAAUCUGAUUAUUUUAACAUUCACUGAAUAUGAACAGAAACGCAAACGUUACGACCUCAUCACCGGAUUGUAUUCAACAGGUUUCAGUUUCAGUGACUUAACAUGGCGGUUAUGAGAGGUAGUAAAAAGUUUACCUAUAUGACAGUUGUACGUCCACACGCGAUUUCCGUCGUAUCGGCUGCGGCACUUCAUGAUGUUGUUGGAGUAGUCCGACUCUGCCACCUCGUAAUUGGGGUUUAUCACGAUCUGGAAGAGCAGACAACACCCGCAGCAGUUGUUUUUGGCGCACAGGCAUUCUACUAAUGCUGAACUACAUCUUGUUGGUGCUCAUCUAAUUGUACCAGCAGCCUGAGUGACAGCGAGAGCAGCGUGUUCUACCUGGAGGAUGUAGUCACCAGGUGGAACAUCAGUGAUGUCAAUCCACUGGCAGUCAAUGUCAUGCCUGUAGGUGUCCCAGCAGCCCACAGUGAUGCCCUGCGCUCCGAAGUUAGCACACUCGUAUCUCUUCUGGAUGCCUGUCAGCAUUAAGACCGAAAAGAUCAUCUCAUUGUGAACAGCCAUCAUCAGUGAAUAUUCCUUAACAGGCCACUUUAUUAGGUACACCUGUGCAACUUGUCGACCUACAUACAGUACAGUGGUGUGAAAAAGUGUUUGCCCCCUUCCUGAUGUUUUUGCAUGUUUGUCACACUUAAAUGUUUCAGAUCAUCAAACAAAUGUAAAUAUUAGCCAAGUCAUACACAACUGAACGCAAAAUGCAGUU